AUGCGUCUUUCGCCGGCGUGGUACCAGUUCCUGGUCGGCGUGUUCGCCUCCCUGGGUUCUUUCCUUUACGGAUAUGAUCUCGGUGUCAUCGCAGAAGUCAUUGUCUGCGAAUCAUUUGUUGAAAAAUUUGCCGCCAACUCCACGGAAAGGUUUGCUCCCAUUGCCUCCUGCUAUAGUGUUUUCAAGGGAUCUAAUGGAAAUAGUGGUCUCGUCGUAUCCUUGUUCACCUGCGGUGCCUUCUUCGGAGCAUGUUUUGCCGGUCCUGCUGGCGAUUACCUCGGUCGACGUCGCACCAUCUCACUAGGAUGUUUGAUGUUCUGUCUGGGAGGAGCUCUCCAAACAGCCGCAAAGAGCCUUGCCUACCUCUACAGCGGUCGAUUCUUUGCUGGAUUUGGGUAUGAGAAACUCCUGCUUAAAACCAGACAAACCGUUGGACUAACAUUCAAUAGUGUCGGCUUCCUCACCAUGGUCAUCCCCCUCUACCAGGCUGAAAUCUGCCACCCCAAGAUCCGUGGUCGAGUCACUGCUCUGCAACAGUUCAUGCUGGGCGUCGGUGCCCUGUGUGCUUCUUGGAUUUCAUAUGGCACAUACGUCGGAUUCUCCCCGACCAACAAUGCUCAAUGGCAAUUGCCCCUUGGUCUUCAGGUCAUCCCGGCUGUUCUGCUGGGUCUGCUGAUCACCGUCUUCCCCGAGUCACCCCGUUGGCUCAUUGACCACAACCGCUCCGAGGAAGGUCUUCGCACGCUCGCGAAACUGCAUGCCCACGGAGACGAAACAAAUGCCUGGGUUCAAGCCGAAUAUGCCCAGAUCCAGGAGAGCAUAACCUUCGAGCACGAGCACGAGGCCAAGUCCUACAUCGAGCUCUUCACCAACCGCUCCUCCUUCCGCCGUCUCUUCCUUUGCUGUGCCAUUCAAGCCUCGGUCCAGAUGACCGGUGUCUCCGCAAUUCAAUACUACUCCGUCGAGAUCUACUCUCAAAUCGGUAUCGCUGGCGACGAAACCCUCCGCUACCAAGCAAUCAACUCCAUCAUCGCGCUCGUCGCCCAAUUCCUCUGCAUCCUCUUUAUUGAUCGUUUGGGCCGUCGCUGGACCCUCAUCGGCGGCAACCUGGGCAACUGCCUAACAUUCAUCAUCGCGACGAUUCUGCUCGCCAAGUUCCCGACCAGCAGCACCAACACCGGCGCUCACUGGGGUUUCAUCAUCAUGACCUGGCUCUACAACUUCUCCUUCUCCUGCACCUGCGGUCCACUUUCGUGGAUUAUUCCGGCCGAGGUCUUCGACACCCGGACCCGUUCGAAGGGUGUGUCCAUCGCGACGGGCGUCUCGUUCGCGUUCAACACCAUGAUCGGCCAGGUUACCCCCAUCGCCAUGGAGCAUAUCAAGUACCGGUAUUACUUUUUGUUCGUGAUUUGCAAUUUUACGAACGCGGUCUUCUUCUACUGCCUCCUCCCCGAGACCAAGAAGGUGCCCCUCGAGGAGAUGAACUAUAUGUUCAAGAAUGCGCCUUGGUUCGUGCCUGGAACCCGUAAGGAAGAAUACACGGCACACGAUCUGGAGAGAAAGGUUGAAGAGCAGGAGGUUAAGUUGAGCACGCAGCAUUAUGAGUAG